GUCAGUGCGGAAAACUCUUCGAUCUUUAAAUAGCUACACUAAGAAUUCCCUGACAACAUCGAUUGGUCAGAGAUUUUAAAGUCUCUGGAUUGGUUGAAGUGUGUAUCCUCCUUGAAGCCAAAGAAGCACGGACGGAAUGUCCGUGACUGAAGGAUUUUGACUCUUGUUGCUGUGAUCGGCCAGGUAAGGUCGCGAAGAUGUUGGGCAGAGCUCUCCUUGGAACCGUGCGACUGAUCACGACUAGCAGCGUGAGGCCCACCAUCAAAAUCAAACGCCUGGACCACUUUGUCAUCACUGUGAAGGACAUCAAUGCCACGGUGGACUUCUACACACGCGUGCUGGGCAUGGAGGUGACGACCUUUAAGGGCGGGCGGCGGGCCCUCAACUUUGGGAAGCAGAAAAUCAACUUGCACGAGCAGGGCAAGGAAUUCGAGCCAAAAGCUUGCUGGCCCACGCCAGGCUCCGCUGACGUCUGCUUCAUCACCUCCACCCGCCUGGAGGAUGUCCUGGACCAUCUAAAGGCUUGCAACGUACCUGUGGAGGAAGGGCCUGUAGAGCGAACUGGGGCCAUUGGCCUCAUCAGGUCCGUCUAUGUUAGAGAUCCGGACAAUAAUCUCAUCGAGGUAUCCAACUAUGCCAGCAACAUCGACACAUAAUUCAGGAAGAGAAUGACCAUUAAUGACUGAAUGUUUACGAUUUUUUUUAAAUGUAUCAAGAUUACCCAAUAGCUAAUACGAGUCUCAGACUUGUACACAGUAAAUUCAGGUGAGGUCGACUCAGAUGUAGCGGAAAAUGAUUGUUUUAUGGGAUGCACACAGGACUGACACAUAAAACUUCCCUGUAAAAUAUUAGAUGGACACAUAGAAGCUACUUUAGGAUUAUUUUGUGAUGUGCAUCUAUACUGUGGGAUUUUCUGAAAGUCCAUGUAUGUAAGAGUGUCGUAUAGCCUCAUUGCGGCAGGCACAGUGCAAGUGAAAAAUGUAGUUAGUAGAAUACUAGAGAAUCCUUUAGAAUUAAUCAAUAAUAAUUCAGUUAAUCAUUAUGUUAGUCAAUAACUCAACAUUCCACUCGUUACUGUCAGUAAGAUGUUCAUUAAUCUUGUCGAUUUCAGCUUUUAGAAUUUAUUUUGAUUCCAGUGGGGAUUUUUUUUUUGUUUACAUAUUUUAACGAGACCAUUGUAAAGAUAUUUAUCAACAUACCGGAUAUGAAUUGUCUUUCAGUAAAACAGCAAGUUUAUAGCUUUUAAAGCCAUGUUACGUUCAGACUGUUUAUUCGAGAGUUAUGGACAAAAAAUCCUUUCUUUCCUUGUACACAUUUUAUACUUCUGUUAGGUAUUGUUCACAUUAAAGUUUCGCAAAAUGUG